AUGCAAGUGAGUACUGUAAAAAUUAAAAAUAAUGUUGUCAAUUCUACUGUCUACAUCGGUUUAGAAAUGAGAGUUGUAUGUUACUAUGCUAAUUGGUCGUUAUAUCGUGAAGCAAUGCCAAUAUUGUAUCCUGAUCAAAUUGAUCCUACACUUUGUACACACAUUCACUAUGCCUUCGCUGAUAUAGAUCCGUUAACAUUGAACAUUAUACCCACUGAAUUGCAUGAUGUUCAAUGGACAGAUCGACAUAGUAUGGCAAGUGUACUAUUAUAUCUAUAUUAUAAUUUUAAAGAUUGGGAGUUUCCUGGUGAUAGAGAUCGAGAUGCUGCUCCCGAUAGUCAAAUUAAAUUUGAUAUUUUAGUUAAAGACUUAUAUCAAGCGUUCAACGACGAAGUUAAAAAACCAAAUAAUACACGACAACGUCUCAUAUUAACAGCAGCUGUAGCAGCAGAUCCGAAAAAAAUUGAUCAUGGCUAUAUUGUACAAAAUCUGUGCGGACAUUUAGAUUAUGUCAAUAUCAUGACAUAUGACUACCAUGGUAAAUGGGAUGAUGUGACCGGUAUAAAUAGUCCAUUGUAUAGAAGUCACACACAUUUAAAACAUCAUGAAGAAUGGAAAAAUGCCGUAAAUAUAUAUAACAUGUAUUAA